AUGGCCCCUCCAGAAGCAACCCAGAACACGCCGCUCGCGCCAUCAGUAGAAAAGGCCUACUAUCGCAAGUGCAUAGAGCUUAAGCGCCGAUUGAAUGAUGUCGAAGAAGCCAACGAUGCUGCACGCCAGCGCAAGGCUCGUCUGAACAGAGCCAUCAUGAAGAUGCGCCUCGAACGCGCCUUUCUUCUCGAACAACUAGCAAAGCGCCUACAAAACACUCCCGAUGGUACCGACAAGAUCAAAAUCGACAAGAUUACAAACAGCGACUAG